UUCAAAUAUUCCUCCCCCCUCUCUCUCUCUUCCCCUCCCAAGUUCCAACUCUUUUAAUGCUCUCCCACCCCCCUACAUCUCUCCUCUUAUUAUAAACAAUCCCAACAAUAACAUACCCCUCAUAAUAAUUUAGAGCAUUAAGAUUGAGGGAUACUAAGGAGAGAAAUAACAUAAUGAAGUUUGGGAAGAGGCUGAAGAAGCAAAUUGAGGAGACACUCCCUGAGUGGAGGGACAAGUUCUUGUCCUACAAAGAUCUCAAGAAGCUGGUGAGAUUGAUAUCGGCGACGCACCCGUCGCCGGACGCGGAGUCGGAGUUCAUAUGCCUUCUCGACUCCGAAAUCGACAAGUUCAACGCCUUCUUCGUGGAGCAGGAGGAGGAGUUCGUCAUCAGGAAAAAGGAAUUGCAGGAGAGGAUAAAGAUGGUGACAGAAAUUUUUGGGCCGGCGGGGAGCCGACCGUCAGAAGCGGAGUAUACGACAGCAAUGACGAGGAUAAGAAAAGAGAUUGUUAAUUUCCAUGGAGAGAUGGUACUACUUGUCAACUACAGCAACAUCAAUUAUACAGGCCUAGCCAAGAUCCUGAAAAAAUACGACAAGCGCACGGGCGCCGUGCUGCGGUUGCCGUUCAUCGAGAAAGUUCUGCAGCAGCCCUUCUUCACCACCGAGCUGAUCUCGCGGCUCGUCAAGGAGUGCGAGGACAUGAUGGACUCCGUCUUCCCCUCCGCCGCCGCCGGUGGUACCGCAGAUCAGGCAGCAGAAAUGAGAGAGGCAGAAUCUGCAGUGGCAGCUGCAGAGCAGAGCAUUUUUCGCAACGCCGUCGCCGCGCUCGUCACCAUGCACGAGCUCCGGAACGGGAGCUCGACUUACGGGCAGUUCUCGCUGCCGCCGCUGGGCUCUCCGGACUCCGACUUGCUGCAGUCGUUGCAGCUCCCUUCUCCAAUUCCAAUCCAAUGAAACAUAUACAUACAGUUGUUUGCAUUGGGUUAUGAGCAAAAGGAGCAGCUUAAUUAAGUUAUUACUAUUCAGUAAAAAAUUUGCCGAGAGAUUUUGUUUCUUGUAAUCUUUGCUUUUAUCUAUCAUGCCUAGCUACCUACGAGGACUACGAAAGCAGUGUUGUAGAAUGGAAGGAUACGUUAGCAAUUAAAUGCCACGGAUCAGAUUAUGUCUAAAUUUUAUUUCUCUUUCUACGCGUUUUUUUUUUU